AUGCUGUUGCCACUAUCCGUCGCUGCGGAGGUCUGUGCACACGGCCUGCAAUCUCUACCCGGGACCACCUACGCCUCAGCGCAGACAUCGUCGCCACCAACAUCUCCAACUUCAGACUUGGCGUUCGCUUACCGCCAGACCGACGCGCUGACACCUCGCACGCCCUCAUCGGCUCGAACGGAUCGUUCCUAUGGCAGAAGACCGUACACCGGCUCAUCGUUCGCAUCACACCUUGAUCAAUCUCACUCUCGAAGUUCAUCGGCGACUUCCUGGUCCAUCGACAGUCCCCUUGCCACGCAAGCAGACAGACUGAGCUCACUCGCCUCUGCUCGGCCGAAGCCGCUUCCUCGACCCGCGACGCCACAAGAUGUCUUCCACCCAGCUGGAUUUUCUGCGCAUCGCACUGGUCGCAUCGCUCCGCCUGCGCUUGUCAACCCAGGACUCGAAGCGCCGUUGAUGGUCCGCCAAGUCGGUAAGACUGAUGAACGUCCGGCAUCUUCACACCUCGAUCUCACCAGCGAGGAUCCACCGUUCGUGGUCGACCAUGACCAAGGCGCCCUUCAACCGCAUCUUAUUCAUCCGUAUCGGACAGGUGUUGCUCAUGCGGCUCUCGAAAGCCCACGCAGACCUGCAAAGCUCAAGAAGCGAAAGCCAGCGCGUCACGUCCGUCAGCAAACUCAAUCCCUAGACGAUUGCUACGAACGGCAGAUGCAGGAUCGAAUCCACCCGACUUACUACGCAUCCGAUGACGACAGGACAGAGCUGCAUAGAGCUUUGCCGACAGCGGCGGAUGACGGAGCCUCGAUAGCCUCGCCUUCCACACGACAUGCUCGACGACCUAGUCGAGCCGAGCUGAUCGAGGGUCUCCAUCGCGUAUCGUCUCUAGCGUAUCUGCACGCUCGGCAAGCGACUGAGCAGACGAACCAGCCAGAAGUCGAACAGCUCGAAUGUUCGGUCAAGCCUGCACUUGAGCACCGCGCAGUCGAGCGAUCUUCUGCGCGAUCGUCGACAUUCCACGACGCUAGUCCGAUGCGCUUGCAUUCCCAAAACAGCCAUGACAGAGCAAUGUCACUUGCCGAGACUGCGCCACAGUCAGGUCACGCUCGAAAGAGGGCGCCGCCCGUAGACGAGCAAAGCUUUAGUGUUGCGAAGCCUCACUCUAUGCCUCUGCCUUGCAUUCCGUAUAUCGACGCUACGCUCGAUGCUUCCCAUGCUAGCACGAGCUUCCUCGACCUUGACGCGCAAACACCCGCAGAUUUCGGGCCAUCGUGGGGUGCAUUUUCGUUUGCGUCAGUCUCACAGGAACGACAGCGAUAUCGAAGACCUCGCCGCGUAUCGCUGUCACCCCGAUCAGCGUUCUUUGCGCAAAACGACAUUUCGAAUUUCCUUUCGCCCAAGUCAGUCUCGUUUGCGCAAGACAUUCGGGUCUACGAAGCACCUUCGCCCUCGCCGAGUUUCCUCAGCCUUGCGGUCGACCUUAUUGAUUUUGGGGGCACUCCGGAUUUGUCGGUCUUCAAGUCGUUUGUACCUGACUCGCCAUCGCCUCCCGUGCCGGCGAAACCUCUGCCGCCCUUGCCACACGAGAAGCGACGUUCAUCGGACAGUCAAAGUCUGAGCAAUCGCAAGAGAUGUAGCGCUUUGUCUUCCGGACAGUCUGAAGCGUUUGUGGACAUCGCUCGCUUCCCUGAGCCGCCCAAGCGAGACACAAUGUUCAUGCACACCUCACGCACGCUCGAAGCCUUGGAUCUGUUGUAG